CCCCGCCACGGGGCCCGCGCCCCCCCCCCUCGGCCGACGUGCUCCCAGCCCCCCCCCCCCCCGGCCUCGGCACGGGCGGCCCCCACCUCCACCGGGCCACCCCCGCCUGGGACGUUCGCGGUCCGAGGGGCGCCCGGCCCCGCUCACCUUCUCCCGAGGGGCAGCCGCAGCCCGGCCACUGCUCCGCUCCUGCCUGGGCUCCCACCGGCCCCUCCCCCGGCAGCCCCCCCCCUUUCCAGGGAGGGGCCGUCGCCAUCAGCCUCACUGCCCGCACCUGGGGCUCCUCCAGUCCCGGCCCGCAGCUGUGGUACCGAAAUCCGGAAUAAAACUCCUGAGCACCCAUGGGAAGUUAAGAAGCAGGCGCUUCGUUUAUGGAAUGAAAGACUUGGCAAUUGCCAGGUAUCUUCUUUUCGAUUUACCCAGGCCCACCAUCGAGGCCACAAGGGAGAUUUCUUCCAGAGAGAGGAUAGAGUUAUUAAGUCUAAAGUCCAUUAUUUGCUUUUGUCCUUCGUGAAAAGGUUCUGCUUUUUGGAUUUACCGGGAACUUCCCAGUCCAGACGAUUGGAAUUACAGCGUUAUACUUUGACCGGUAUAAUCUUCGGCUUUCGGGAACGCUGCGAGGAGCUUUGCGAGUCGAGGGUGACGGUUCUCCCCGAGAAUACCUCGGUGCCGGCCGGAGUUCGAUCAACACUCGAUCUCGUCCAGUCUCACUCGCAAGGUCCCAUCUGGGUCGCCAAAACCGUUACCGAAAUCCAGAAUAAAACUCCUUAACGCCAACGUGAA